AUGGUGUACGGUAACAUUCGUUCAGCUGUGCGCUCCCCGGAUUUCCCGCAAAUUUCUGCCGACUUUUGACUGCAAAAUCCGCGAGAUUUGCGCGUUUUCCGAGACUUUGGACGCGGCAUAACGAACAGUGCGGAAAUGACACAUAGUUUCGAAUUGACAUUCAGUCUCGGCGCUACGCGAGAUCUACGAAGAGUUUGCGAUGCUGACACGUGUCACCAACGCGAUCACGCUGCAAGCGGCGGCGCUCAGAAAGAGCGUGAAGGUGCGUGAGGUGAUCGCCGAGCUUCUGGGCACCAACGCGGAGAAUCUGACGAAUCUGAUCGGCAUCGAUCCGCUAGUGAUCGCCACAAGUGUGCAGAGGGAUUACGAGUUGGUGAAAAAGUUCGACGCCGGGCUCGCGGACGAUGUGCGCGAGGAGUUGCAGCGGAUUCAGGACAUGAAUCAGCAGGUGCUGGAGGAGCUGAGCCCGGAGAACGUGCGCGCCGUCGACGGAUCGCUCGCCGACGACUUCUUCCGAUCGGUCGUCAACAAUUCGACGGCGCACGACGUCGGCCGAGUGUGUGACGUCACACUGGUCACGGACCUUGCCAACUUCCGUCAAACUCUUGUAGAUUCGACGCAAAACUCAAUCUUUUUAGAGGCUGUUAUCAAAAAGACGCGCCAAGUGAUUGAGUGUCUGGAAAGAAUUCGAAAUUUCGACAAAGAAGUCAACAAUAGCUAUUUGAAAAAGGCGAACGUGCUGCGCGAUUUCCAGAGGACCAUCAGUACGAUUUCGGAGUUUUCAGAAGACUACGCCGACAUGCCCUCUCUUAUGCACGUCGUCGAGGACGUCUUCAAGCGAACCAAACCUAUCUGGAGCACGAAAAGGAGUGUAAAAGUGGGCGCGCUCAUGAGACGCUCCAUCGAAUGGUUCCUAGGCGUGAACCGCAAGUCGGCCUACACGUACACGGUCGCGUUUCCGGGAAAAGGAGAGAUGGCGAUGGUGGCGCACGAUUUGAAGAGUGACUGGUUCACGGAGAAGGUGUCGAGGGGCAAAAGUACAAAAGAGCUGGAGACGGCGUUGGGCGGCGUGUUGGAAUUCGGAAAACGGAUGGGCGAGGUGGAGGAGAAGUGGAAGAGGUUCACGGCGAAAAUGGGCGACGCCGGACGGGGAAUCGGUGAGAUCGAGGCGCCGCUUCAGGAGAUUGAGGCAUUUGACGCGGGACCGACGGCGGCGGACACGUUACGAGUGGCCAAAGACACGUGGACCAAGUGCUGGACCCAGAAGACCGUCAACGAGACGGCGCUCGAUGAGGCGGCGGAGACGUUGAAGCACCCGAUUACGCUUGUGGAAGUGGUGAAGAAGGUGCAGGCGUGGCACAAGAAACUGAUGCGGGAAGUGGACCUGACCGCGGUUGAAGAUGCGUUCAACCACAUUGGGAACAUUGCGGACAAGGAUCCGGAAGUGGUGGUGAAGCUCAUCGAACGGCUGGAACACUUUUCAGACCUGGAGGACUUUCUCGAAAUGAUUCCGGAACUGAGAGAAUUGCAUGUGGAGUACGCGAACGCGUUGGAACGCGUUCUUCGCACGAAACAAGCGACCGGACCCAUGACUGCACGGAUGCUGGACCUGAAGGAUCUGUACAAAAGUUCGAGGUUGGAGACGGAUAUGGCGUGUCUGGGCAAAGAGGGAAAGUUCGAUGUGACGACAAUAGAGAAAGUCAUAUUGUUCAUCGACUAUUGUUCGCAACUGGCCGACGUUCAGGGAAUGAAUCAGACCAGAACGGUUUUGAUCGAAUUUGAAGCGUUUCGGAAUAGUCUGCUGGAAGUGGAGAAGUUUGUGAAGGGGCUAUCCGAUGGCGGCGAUCGAACGGACUCUAACCCGGCCCUUCGACUCAACAACUCGCUGGAAUUGACGAAUCGGCUCGGCAAGGCGAUGAUCGUGCUUCGGCAGUUGACAAAUGCGCAGGAAAACAGGCGGGUGCUCGAGGCGGCCAAGAGCUACAGUGAGAAAGUGAGCGAGACGCUUCUGAGGGGCCACAAACUGAGUCCGGCCGCCGAGUUCUUCUACCUGCAGCAGCGGGAGGCGGCGAUCGACGGACUGCUCCACGACCUGGUGCUCAUUGAGCAGUUUGCGGCGAGCCGCGUACGUGGCAAAGAUCUGAUGGAGAUGAGGGCGUUGUUCGACGAGGUGAAGCGGAUUCACGGCUUCCCGAGCUUCCAAUACUAUCGCGAGAUUCACCGACAGUUGAGGAGCUACAAAAGUAUUGCGGGAAUGGAGGAGGCGCGGAAAAAUGCACUAGCGAUGAGUGAAAUGGAUCUGAAUUUUGCGGGCUAUAACGGCGAUUUGAAUGCGGCCGACUUGACCAUCAGAGAGCUCAAGGACUACUUUGAUGACAUCUUCGGUCUGAAGCCCAAUCCUCAACUGGAGACCAGAAUGUAACAUAUUUUGUGUGAUCUAUGAUCUAAAAGUGACUUUCAGAAUCGACCGCACGUUCUCGGUGCUCGGCGUCGUCGGCAUGUGCGUCGGCGCCUUCCUCUUGCUCAUCAUCGUCCUGAUCAUUGGCUACGGAUUCACAAAGAACGGACGGAAAAGGUACAGAAUGUGGUACCUGUACUACUUUCCGAACAUGGACGAGUUCGAGCGGAGAUGGAGAUAUUCGGUGCGGUCGCCCAACUUUUCUUCCCGAAUACUUUCUCGAUUUGCAGUUGUUCAUGGACCGGACCGACAUGAAGAACGCGCUGAUCGACGCGGUGCACGACACGAACGCGGUGAACGUGGGCAAGGCGAUCCGGCGGGGAGUGUACAUAAACGUGCGCAACAGUGAGUCGACAAUAUCUCCGUCGACGACUCGGGGCCAACACAAUGUUUGAAAGGCAACGGGAAGACGGCGCUGCACAUUGCCUCCGAGAACGGCUACCCGGACAUGGUGCGGAUGCUGAUCAAGGCGGGCGCCGAUCGGACGAUGCUGAGCACGGAGAACAAGACGGCCGAGCAGAUGGUUCCGGCGGCGGACUCGGCCACGUUCCGCACGAAGAGCGACAAGUUCAAACAGGUCCUGCGCAUCUAUGAAAAGUGUCGAAAGAAGAAGUACCGACUGAGUGCGUCGGUCCGCCCAAUAUCUGAUCGUACAAUAUGCGGGCGUGUUUGCAGAGGUGCCCGACGUGUUCCCCGUCAGUUCGUUCCACAUCUACAUGCAUCCGGAGACGAGCAACGAGGCGAGCGACCGCUUCUUCGACGCGUUCCCGUCGAUCGCCACCAACGAGGCGCUCGACACGAUGACGCAUUGCGUCGUCCGAACCGACGCGAACGGCGUGCUCGAGACGGACGACGUCUCGCUGCUCGCCUCGAUCUUCAACGGAACGAUAAUAGUGAGCGAGCAGUGGAUGGUGGAUUGUGUGCGCGACGGGCGUCUCAUCAAGCACGACGACAAGUACCUCGUCGAGCGGGUCAAGUACAAGGGCCACGUGUACGAGAACGCGGUGCUUCCGUGGAGCCGCGCCAUGGCCAAGGGAGACGUUCCGUUCUUGCUGGGCGCCCACGUGGCACUCGUCAUGAAGGACUGUCCUAAAAGUGGGUCGAAAAGCACAAUAUCCCAUCGCACAAGUGUCGCCUGUUUUUGCAGUCCUCGACUUUUACAAGAUCAUCAAGACGCACGGCGGAGAAGUGUCGGAGACGUUCCCGGCGAAGGCGGACUUUAACCGGCGCUCCCAUCCGUACCUGCACGCCGACAAGGGACCGCUCUUCAUCAUCCACGACAAUCAGUUCGAGCUGGCGCCCUACCACAACGAUCCGGACCGCAUGUACACGCUCUUCACCGAACCAGAAUUCAUCGUUUUCUUGCUGAAACGGGAGAUUCAGCGGGACACGAGUCCGAAUCCGAUUCCUGUUAAAAUUUCUGACGAAUAA